CAUUCAGAUAUGAGCAAACGUAGUGAUUAUAUAGUGUAUCUCAACCAGUUUAGACUUAGCGACUGUUUCAGUUGCUUCCAACGAAAGCUGUUAUGGGGAAGACGAUUUUGGAAAAGCUCAUUCCAAAGAGUGAAAAUGGGAGCAGUUUGGUGCAACUCUUGGCAAUUUUUACUGGUAAGAUCCCAGCAUCCAUCACUGACUACACUCAACCACGUACCCACUUCAGCGUCACUGGGAGGAUUCUCAGCCGGAGCGCAACUGGCCUGGUUAUCCCCCGCUGUUCCACAGCUGCUCCUCAACACGUCCUACAUCGGACCAAUAACAAUAGAGCAAGCGUCGUAUUUUUCAGUUAUAACUCCCGUGGCAACCAUCGCCUCGUCGUUCUUCGUCGCGAACGCGACGAAAGUCUUCGGGAGAAAGUUGGUGAUCGGAUUCAUGGCGAUCCCGCACAUCGCCAGCUGGCUUUUGAUCGCGACCGCGAAAAGCAUCGUGUCCCUCUACGUCGCACGAGCGGUCAACGGAAUUUCGGACGCGGUCAACUUUUGCGCUAUCUCCGUGUACGUAGGCGAAAUAGCGACACCCACCGUUCGUGGUAGAUGGGGUAACAUUCCCAUGUGCGCCAUCCUGCUCGGGCAUCUUAGCGUGGUCAUCGUCGCCAAUUACUGCGACCUCGUCACCACGGCCUACAUCUUCCUCUUCGCACCCCUUCUACAGCUCCUACUGAUCGCCACCGUACCGGAAUCGCCCUAUCUACUCCUGAUGAAAGGCAGAACGCUCGACGCGAAGCUCGCCUUGGAAGAGCUUCGCUGGAAGACCGACGCGCUGGAAGAGCUCUACGAUCUGCGCAGGGACGUCCAACGGCAGAUUUCCGAGCCGGGAACCUUUCGCGACCUGUUCCGGACACCCACAAAUCGAAGGGCGCUAAUCUUUAUCAUUGCAAUAAUCACCUGCCAAGAGUACAGCGGGAUGUCGGCGUUCAUCGUCUACUCCCAGCGCAUCUUCGAGUUAGCCGGCGUUAAGUCGCUCUCGCCCGGAGAGUCGUCGAUGAUCUUCUUCGCGUUCUUGUUCUCCUUCUCGGCGAUCGCCUCUCUGUUCGUCGGAAGAUACCCCCGCAGAAUUAUGCUGACGUUUUCCAGUUUCGGCUGCACCAUAUCUCUGCUGAUCUCCACCGCCUUCUUCUACAUCCAGUCGGAAACAAGCGUCGACGUGGGGCAGCUGAAUUGGGUGCCCCUCUUCGGGAUGGUUUCGUACAUCGUGUUUUUAACAACCGGCCUGUCGCUGUUGCCGUUUUUGAUGAUCGGCGAACUGUUUUCGGCGAGCAUCAAGAACCACGCCAUGUUCGUCGCGAAUUCGUACAUGGCGCUGACGAUGAUCAUUGUUCCGAAACUUCUUCAACUGUUGCUAGCUCAUUUCCCACUGUACGCACCUUUCCUGUUGUUUACGUUUUUCAGCCUGGCGUCGACCGUUUUUUGUUAUUUCUUCGUGCCGGAGACCAAGGGGAAGACUUUGGAGGAAAUUCAACGCCUGUUAGGCACCCAUGGUCGCGCGCAGGAAGAACGUUUAAUAAAUGAUUCACGAAAUGAACAUUUGCCCACUGUAGAUUGAUUUUAUAUGAGUAGGUCGCAAUUAAAUUAUUACUCAACGUUGA